GGUAGGUUUGCGGGCUCGUUUGCCUAGGAAUGGCCUCUCACUGUUUAGUAACAAGUGGUUAGUACGGUGAGAACCUUGCCUGAUUACGGUGCAUGCUACGAGGGGCUAUUCAAACUGAACGGAGCAGCCUCGUGCAAUAACGCGGCAUCGUCAUUGGGUUACGGUGAAUCGACCAGUCAUCGAUCAUUAUUCUAUCAAAUUUACACGAGGUCUGCGUUCAACUGUCACAAUUUCAACGCAAUAACGUUUCAUUCAAGGUUUCAACGCUGCGGUAUUAUAAUGGAACUGCUUCCAGAUAAAACUGUACCGUCAACUUGAAAACUUGUAUUAAUCAUCAUCCGUACAUGUAUACCUACAAACAUACCUACCUGCGAUGUGUAAUUUCUACACGCGUAUUGAAGGGAUAAUGAAAACGUAUUUUCAUUAUCAAAUUGUCGGGCAGUGAUUCGUGUUUUUCAUACGGCUUAAUGUGUAUGACUUUUCAGUAAACAAUCAGUGUAGACCACAUAUUAUUGCGAAUGCAACGCAAGUCGUGAUUGAAACGAUUGUGUAAACCGGUGAACGGUAUCAAAUUCGACAUAGGUACGUAUAAUAAUGUAAGCGAUUCAAAUUUCCUAGUUAUAUAUCCCGGUGUAGGAUGUUGACACAUCAAAGCGAGCCAUCAAAUCACAAUGCACGAGUUCCUGUCACAACCUUCUUCUAUCUCGGAGCAGAGAUACUGCUUGCAGCACUGAUCGGUCUCUCAUUGGCUAUGCUUGCUAUCAUAAAGAGUACACUGCCAAAACCACCCAGAGACUUGACCAACUAUAAAGUUGUGGUAACCGGGGCAGGAUCCGACUUGGGAAGAGCUGUGGCUCAGGCGUUCUUUAGAGCUGGGUGCGUGGUAGCGUUUAUUGAUCAGGAUUUGAAUUUAAAUCAGAACAAUUCGCCGGAUCCCGUUUCGCAGCACCGAAAAAUGAAUGACUUCGAGCGGUUUAAUGAAUUUUAUCAAGCACCUACGGAACGAAUGAUAAUUACGUACAAGUGCGAUUCAGCGAGUAGAUCGAACAUCUCUGAUGUGGCGGAAAAAAUUCACAGAGAUGUUGGACAUAUAGACGUCUUAAUCACCUGCCCAGAGGAUUCUAGUAAAGAUAUUAUCACCUCCCUUUCCACGCAUCUUAUGAGUCAUUACUGGACAAUUUUAGCAUUCAUACCUUUUAUGAUACAAUGCGAUCACAGUCACAUCGUCGCCGUAAUACCGACGACGUCAACCGAGGAUGCUCAUAUGGGAUCGAAGGCAACUGUUUCUGGUAUUAUUGAAGCGAUCAGGCAGCACGUUAAUAGCGCAAACCAGCUGACGUUCACCACCAUGGCUCCGAAGGCGGAGGCAAGGUUAAUGAACCAAAGUAAGCAACAAACGGCACAAGAUAUAGUCGAAGCUGUUCGUAGAGAUCAAUACACUCUGAUCACAAGCUGGGGAUCUGACGCGUUGUAUCCUGUCUGCUGCAUGGCCUACGAAGCAAUCCACACUUUCACCCAGUGGUUAUACAGGCAAGGUUGUGAAGAUUAGUCGUGAUUAUUUCACGUAAAUUAGGACGCAUGAGUUCAAUGUCAGUCUGACUGUAUAUUUUAUUAUCGUUCGUUGAAGCGUAGUAGAGAUAAUGAUAGUUUCUCAAAAAAUGUAUACAGUUUAUAUUGCAAUAGGUACAUUAACAUAAUGUUGCGUUAUGCCAGGAAAAUAUUAGAAAUACAUUUUGUAAACUGCAGAAGUAACCUUGCAUAAUGAAAGUUCUGUCAAAUACGUAGUUGAAUGAUAGAGUUGAGCAGAGCAUAUAGCUCAAAAAAAUUUUAUCCCACCCAAACGGAAGCUUAGUGCAAGAUGAAACUACAACAAAACUGAUUUCAAUCCAUAGUUUAAUAGUAAAAAAUUAAUUUGUUUCUCAAAUUCACCCGAAGUGCAGCCGGAUGAAAAUUGUAUUGGACCCUUGCUAAGGGCCGGUCUGAUUUACACACGCGCGCGCACGCACGCACGCACACACGGACACACAUGUACACAACUACAUGCUUCUACAGUGAGUUAUGAAAAUGUAUCGGUUCGGUACGAUGCUCGAUUUGUACUAACCAUGUUCCAGAUUUAUUGAGUUCUUUUUUUCACCAACUCGGUGCAGCGCAUACAUACUCAUAAAAUAUUUGUAAGCAUACCAGUACAAAACGUAAUAUAUGUAAUGCCAUACACUACAUAACAUAUGAAAUGUGAUAAAGCCACGAAUAUAUUUACCUAUGUAUAAGUGUGGUGAAAUUUUCAGUCAGUUUUAUGCCAUAGAGUCGAAGGUUGUCAAGGCUUGUAAAUAAAUUUCAAUCUCGAAUUAGUA